AGGAGUCAGACGGGCUGGACGCUGGUGUAUAAAACCUCCUCGCCUCGUGCCGUUCGACCACAGCGGCCUGGAGUUUUAGAUGUUACGGAUCAGAUGGAGGGUUUGGUUUUGGGUUCUUAUCCACAGGCGGUAAUUUUAACAAAACCUGGACCAACUCCUUCACCGUCUGUCUGCCGGUAGGAGAGGAGCGGCCUUAACUGUUCCUGAAACUGAAAUGGAAAUUUACCUAAAAAACUCUCAAUUUACCUGAAUUAUAAGAUACAGCUUCGGGAACGAUGAGCGAGAAACGAGUCUCCCUUUCCUUCUACAACAUCUGUGUCUUGUCUCUGACUAGAUGGCGCGACCGGCAAAUGUUGACUUGAAGAUCAAAAGCCCCGCGGUGCGUCUGACUGCUGCUCCUGUAACCAAUCCAGUCCAUUAGGACCUGAGGAACACAGGAUGGAGGGUCCCGGUCUGGUCUCCAAGACGCCCGCGCCCCCCGUCCUCGGAGUCACGAACGAGACCUUCGGAGCGGUCUGGUCUCCCGGUCUGCUCUCCCAGGUGAGCCUAGCGGGACUGCUCUCCGCCAUCACGCUCGGCACCACGCUGUCCAACGCCUUCGUGAUCACAGUGAUCUCCCGGUCGAGGAAAUUACAAACUCCGGCAAACUUCCUGAUCGCGUCGCUCGCGUUCACCGACCUCCUUGUGUCCGUGCUGGUGAUGCCGAUCUGCGUGUUGUACACCGUCACGCACACCUGGUCCCUGGGCCAGGUGGUGUGUGACCUCUGGCUCUCCUCGGACAUCACCUGCUGCACCGCCUCCAUCCUCCACCUGUGCGUAAUCGCCCUGGACCGCUACUGGGCCGUCACGGAUGCGGUGGAGUACUCCGCAAGGCGGACCCGGUCGCGCGCGGCCGGGAUGGUGGCGGGCGCGUGGCUGAUCGCCGUCAGUAUCUCGCUCCCGCCGCUCCUCUGGCGGCGGGAGAGGGCGGAGGAAGAGCUGACCAGCUGCACCGUCAACACCGACCACAUCUUCUACACCAUCUACUCUACGUGCGGCGCGUUCUACGUGCCCACGCUGCUACUCCUCGCGCUCUACGGGAGGAUCUACGCGGAGGCGCGUAAAGUCAUCCUGAAGCAGUCUCCACGGAAGGCCACGGGGGCUGCCGGGAAGAGGCUGACCUCCGCGCGCCUGCUCACCGACUCGCCCGGGUCCGCGGGGUCCGCCUCGUCCUCCUGGAGACCCGACCAUCCCUCGAGCGACCCCGGGUCCCUGGCCGGUGAGAGGGGGGUGGAGGUGACGGUGUCGGACGCCCUGUUGGAGAAGAAGCGCGUCUCCGCGGCCAGAGAGCGGAGAGCCACGCGGACGCUGGGGAUCAUUCUCGGCGCGUACAUUGGCUGCUGGCUCCCCUUCUUCAUCUACACCCUGGUAGUGGCCACUUGCGAUGCGUGCUUCUAUCCGGAGCUCUUUGACUUCUUCAACUGGCUGGGCUACCUGAACUCCCUGAUCAACCCUGUGAUCUACACUAUGUCCAAUGAGGAUUUCAAGAAGGCUUUCCACCGCCUCAUGCGCUUCCGGUGCUGUCGGCCCUGAGCGGUUCAUCAGAAGAAUCGUUAUUCUACCUCUACAACAUCACCUUUACUCUACGGAUUGUGUGUGUGUGUGUGUGUGUGUGUGUGUGUGUGUGUGUGUGUGUGUGUGUGUGUGUGUGUGUGUGUGUGUGUGUGCGUGCGCGUGUGUGCGCGUGUGUGCGUGUGUGUGUGUGGUAGAAUAUCAAGUUAAAGUAAUAUAUUCUCGUUGUUUUUUUAUAAAUAUAUGAAUGAAAUAAUGAUCAGAAUGCGUAAUGGUCGUUUCACAUGUUUGGUUUAAGUAGAAUAUAUUAUACAAUUUUGUUGUCUUACAGUUUCUCAAUUUGUCAGACAUAAUCUGUAAGAUUUCUAGCCUACUUAUUUAAUUAAAAAAAACACACUUUAGUCAAUUUCAAGCAGGCAGCAGUGAAUAAACCAACGGCCUCGAAGCAGAGACUCCUCAUCUCAAAGUCCAAAACCCUAACCUCUUUAUGAGGCUGUUCCGUUCCGCUGAACUGAUACUGAACGGGUUUACGGUGUGUGUGUGUGUGUGUGUGUGCGGAUGUGCUGCUCAUUCAAAGUGAAUCGGUCGGGUGGUUGAUCUGUUUACCAUCAGACUCAUAAAUGCCUUGAAACACACAACAUAUGGUAUUGGAUAUCUCAGCGGACAUAAAGCAUUAGCCAAACGAAAAAAGUGUUCCAAAUGUUUGAUAUGUAUCGAUCACAUGCGGAGAUGCUUUUGAAUAAAGGCUUCUACUGACCGGUCUGACUUGUUUGUGAAGAAGGAACAAGAGAACUGUAAACUGUAACGAGAGAACCUCAGGG